CUUCCCCUUUCAUCUAGUCCCACUGAGGUUGGAUCCUUCAGCUGCAAAAUGUCAUCUGACUCAUCACCACCAUUAACUUACUCCAUUACUCUAUCCUGUCAACCCGUCCAGAUCGUCGCUGCCCCCCAUAUCUCCGAUUCCGAUUUCAGGAGUGCUAUCGAUUCUUCUUUGUUUAAGCAGUGGCUGAAGAACACCCAGAGUGAAAAUGGGAUUUUACACGGCGGUUCCAUGUCUCUUACACGAGUUCUAAUUCAGGGAGUGGAUAUGUUCGGGAAGCACAUUGGUUUUCUGAAAUUCCAAGCAGAUGUAUUCGAUAAACAAACAGGGAAAAAGGUUCCAGGUAUUGUGUUUGCAAGAGGAGCAGCUGUAGCUGUGCUUAUCCUUUUGAAGUCAGAGGAGAUGACGUAUGCUGUUCUUACUGAGCAGGUAGAUAUUUGUUUUGGUUUUUGCAACAAGCGUUACAAUGCUGUACUUAUCUAAUGAUCUCAUGCAUCCCUAACA